GCGGCAUGCUGCGCGGCGGCGCGGUUCUCCACUCCUCCAAGCAGUCUUGGAGCCGUUUGGCUCCAAACAUCCAAACAGACCAGCCCCCCGUCUCAACCUACCACUCCGUCUGCCUCAGAGCAGGGACUUUAACUCCAAGUUGAACUCCUUCCAAAAGAAUCACCAUAACCACUUCGUCUCCCCAGGAUGGAGAAACCCAAGAACCGGCAGACAAUCGGUUCAGCCUGGGCACCUUGUAGACAGGAAGGUUCUCCAUUCAAGUCUGUGGCGGAGCUGGCGGGAAGGUUCCGAGGUCAUACCAUCGCAUCGCCGACCUCCAACGAGGAAAGGAUUCAUCUAAGGAAAGUACCAUGCGCUCUGAAGCUGAGCAGCCCGAGAGAUGAGAAAGGGGGGGAGUCCCAGAAACCUGUGAUUCUGUUGCCGAAACCUUUCAAAGUGAAGAUAAAAAAAAACUCAAUCAUUGAAAAACUGCAGGCCAACCUCGCCCUGUCCCCCAGCUCUCUGUUUCCCUUACCGCGGACCCCCGAGGUUAAGCUCCGGACGGCCUGCGCCCCCUCGUCCCCUACCCCGGUGCCCAGUUCCCCUGGCACCCCCCGCAGCAGCCCCCCACCACCACCGCCGCAUAUCCGCCAGUCCAGCGAGGAGGAGGAGGCGGUUUGCUUCGAGUCCCCGCCAGAGGGCAACCCCCUCCCCAGCUUCAACAAGACACGUGCACGCCUGUCCGUCAAGAGGCGCCCGCCCACCAGACGCCACCGCCAGUCCCAGGGAGAGGAGGGGGCGCACGGCAACGGCCUGACUCCAUGGCAACCGGAGCCGGCCAGUCCUGGACCGGAGCAGAACGAGGGGAAGGAGGCGUCGGAACGCAUGUCACAGGACCCUACCGCUCCCCUGAACCAAUCAGAACGCAGGGAGGAGAACCAUGCACAGAGAGUUGGGGAUGAGGACACGGCUGAAAACGCUGAAGGUCGCGAAGCAGAUCUGGCAACCCUGGGGGGUUCGGAUGCUUCGGAGGAUGAACGGCGACCCACUGCCUCUGCUGGCAUUUGCAGUGCUGCGGGGAAGGAGGAAAUUACUGCCAAGAAAGCAUUGCAACAGGAGGAACGGGAGACGGCCUAGACUGCAUAAAUGUUUCCAUGCAGUAAAGGAACAGAAAAUACAUCAGGGUUAAUAAGUUAUUCGAUAGUUCAAAGAUCCGUACACAGAUGACAGAACUACAGAUUACAAUAUUCAAAGAGCAUCGAGUAUCAUCAGGCAAAACUAUUUGUUGAAAAACUAAAAUAUUGGUUUGUGUUUAAAACCACUUGAAAGCCUUAGGUUUUGAUGAAUUUGCCCUGAGAUUAAACUCUUAUUGCCUUUGUCUCCAUCUACCGGUCUUGUUGGGAAGAAGUUUGUUUGGAAAUACAAUCGUGGGAAAUGACACGGAAUCCUGUCAGUCGUAUUGAACAUUUCCAAGAAACAUUGGUUCUUUGCGCGGAAUAAGGAGGAGUUAUGAUACAGUAUACAACACAUUUAGACUUAACUUAAACAGACAUUAAUGUACCUACAUAAGUCUUGAACACCAGAAUCAAUAAUAAUAAAAAAAGUUUAUAACCA